AUGUCGUCGAGCUUCAUGCGCAAGCGCCCGCCCGUUCUGAACGCGGGCAAGGCGAGGAAGCUCGGCGUGACGCAGAUCUCGCGCGUCACCGCCGAGGGGGACGCCGCGCACGGCAUCGACGGCGGCCCGACCACGCCCGAGGGCACGACGACGACCGCCGCGAUGAAGAACGACACCGCGCGAACGCCGCCGACGCCGGAGCUCGCGUCGCACGUCGCGCCGCCCGCGGGGAUCGCUCGCGCGGCGCCGCCGCCGGCAUCGCGCGCGGCGAAACACCUCGAACCGCCGAAGUCCGACAUGGCGGAAUGGGACGAUUGGAGCCUCUCGUCCUCGUUCGCGUCGGCGUCCUCGAACAACGCGUCCACCGCGGCGAGCGCGCUUCUUCCAUCGCGCGGCGGCGUCGCGCGCGCGGGGUCGCACCGCAGCGCUGCGAGCGCGCUCGAUCGCCUCGCGUCGUCGUCCUCCUCCUCCUCCGCCUCCGGCGGCCGCGGGACGCGCGCCAAGACGGCGCCGGGGGACGACCUCUCCGACGCCAUCGACGGCGUCGUCGCCGGCGCCUCGGACGCGUUCACCGGCCUCGGUCGGACCGUCAUGUUCUUGGGCAACGCGCUGGAUAAGACGUUGGGCACCGCGAUCGAGAGCACCGCGGCGGCGAUGAAGAAGGGGAUCGAGAACGCGGACGCCGCGCUGGCGGCUUCGAAGGGCCAGCCGGGGGCGAGUCCGCGACGCGGCGGCGGCGGCGGCGGCGGCGGCGCCAGAGCCGCGCGGCGGGGCUUCGGGUACGAACCCGACGCGUUCGAUGUCGAGAACGUCACGCCGCCGCGAAAGUCGCGCGGGUCGCGCCUCGGCGGCGGCGGCGGCGGGGCAUCCCCGAGCGGCGGCGGUCUGCGCGUCUACCGCUCGCCGCUGCGACGCGUCGACGGGAACCGCGUUCGCGGAAAACCGUCCCCCGCGCGCUGCGGCGGCGGCGGCGGCGCGAAGAAAACGAAACCGGCGGACGACGACGACGACUGGGGCUGGGGCAGCACGAGCCCCACGGCAUCGCCGGGGUCCUCCAAAGACAAAGAGAGCCGCGCGCGCGACGAGGACGCGGCCGAGUUCGAGCGCUUCGCGUCCGUCGCGCGCGGGUGGCGCGCGGAACGCGACGCCGCGCUCGCGGCCAACGCGGCGCUGCGAAAAGAGCUCGACGGCUUGCGCCAAGAGCACGCGUCGCUGAAGCGACAGAACCUUUCGCUGAACAAGCGGCUGCUCGCGAACGCGCACUGCGGCGAGGGCGGGGACCCGCUCCACGAGCAGAUGCGGCGACAGACGGAGUCGCUGCUCGGGGAGAAGAGCGCGUUGGCGCGGGAGUGCGACGCGUUGAAGCGAGAGUGCGUCUCGCUGCAGGCGCGUUCUAUCUCACACUGGUUCCCAUACGACCGCGUUGGCGUGGUGAACGCCGAGCUGCUGGCGUACUCGGACAUGGCGAAGACGGCGGAGGCGAUGUACUCCCCGGGGGGCGCGCUGGGGAGGGAUCCGGACCCGGACCCGCCGCGCGAGGGGACCGGGGCGGCGGCGGCGGCGAGGGAGGACGUCGAGGAGACGACCGCGGCGGCGGUGGAGGUGGAGGAGGAGGAGGAGGAGGAGGACGCGGCGGUCGACGAGCGAGACGCGGUCGCGGCGGCGGAGGCGGAGGCGGCGGCGGCGGCGGCGGCGGAGGAGGAGGAGGAGGAUUUUGAUCUCGAGAUGGAGGACGCCAUCUUAGAGGAAGCGCUCGCCGCGUUCGAGGAGGUCGUCGCCGAGGAAGCCGCCGCGGUCGCCGCGGAGGCGCGCGCGGAGGAGGCGCCCGCGGCGGCGGCGGCGGAGCCCGCGGUCGCCGCGGUCGCCGCGGUCGCCGCCGCCGCCGCCGCCGCCGCCGCCGCGCCCGCGGUCGAGAGCGCGGCAUCGCCGGGGAAGAAGGGAAAGAAGGGGAAGAAGGGGAAACGAUGA